AUGGAUUCUAGUCAUCCUGAUGCAUUCUCAAGGACGUUGGAGAGUCGACCUCGUUCACGCCAUGUUCAACCUCCCAAUCAGUCUACAGCAUCGCCGUCAUUUCCACAUAGAGACGGCUCUGUAAAUCGGCUCUCUCGCGUAUUCGAACACAACCCCCAACCACCACCACACACUGCUUGUACAGCCAACACUACCUCUCGACGAUUCCUCGAUUCACAAAACAGCACUCUCAAUGGCACACCAGCACGACCUACGUUACCAACAAAACCUCCGUCACUUCGUCUCUCUUCCAAUUAUCAGCAGACGCACGAUUCCCUUUUGCCGAGCCCGUCAUCCGAGAGUAUGCCGUCGCCGGCUACGAGCACAGCUACAGUUGCUACCUCUGUGACCAGUUAUACAUCCGAUGCACAGCAACGUCCUUCAUUCUCGGAAGAACAAGCCAAGAAUGCAACUCAAAACGAGAUUGAUCAAACAUCGCUUGCUUUCAGUGAUAUUCGAGCCAAGUUUCAACAACAAGCACAAUCCACAACACCAUCAACAUACAAUGUGAAUGGUAGAAAGAAUGGAUAUGUAUCGACAUCGCCGCCAUCUACGGCACCGCCUCCAUUAUUGCCAAAACAAGGUGCUGCCAAGCGGAUGUCAUCAAUCAAGAACAAUCAAAGACCAGCAGCAGGGGUCACCACGACAAUGCCAAGAACUGAAGAUGAUGAUGUGACCACACCAAGAAGCGGUUGUUUUGUUGCCGAAUUGAGUAAACGAUUGGAGCAAGCUGAAGGAGGAGAAGGAGGAGGAGCAACAACACCACCACCACCCAAAGUAGCACCAACUCGAUAUGUAAAACCUCGUCCUGGUUCACUACGCAACAAACCUGUCAUUCCAGCACAACCCUUACCACCUACCAAUAACAGCACAGAAACACGACAUCCACCACCACCUCCUCCUCCUCACUAUCUAUCCAAACGACCAUCCUCCUCCUCUGUUAAUAAUGGCAUCAUAUCCACUUCCAUCUCAUCACCUAUCACCAAUACCAGCAACACAUUACAUAUUCCAACAAUUCCAAGACAUGAAACCGGUAACAGCACCGCAUCCACCUCCUCGCAAUCCUCCUCAGUUGCUACCAACAACACUGAAUCCUCUCCUUCAAGGAAACCAUGGCAUUAUGGUGUUGCUCUCACUAGCUGGUUAACCGGUCAUGAUCAUUCACAUCAACCCAGCUUGAAAGAUUCUAUCACUAUUGUCUCUUCUCAUCCCGCAAGUCAAGAUGAUCGCCCUCCAUCCGAUGCUACUUCAGCCUACAGCACUCCUUCAUUACCUGUAUCACCACAACCAUCGGGGAAAGGAUCCGAUCGUGGAAAGGCUAAACGCAGCAAGGUGGUUCAAGAGCUUGUCAGCACCGAAAAGGCAUACCAAAAGGACAUGUUAUUGCUGAAGGAGGUGUUUUAUGAUCGGGCACAAGCUCCAGGCUCGCCAUUGAGUAGAACGGAUGUCAAGACCCUCUUUUCGAACCUAUUGGAUAUUAUUGAAUUGGAGGCAUCUUUUGUUGAAGCAUUGGAGAUUGCAACGGAGAAUCGUGACGAUGAAUCAAUUACUAUCGGUGCUGCUUUUCGUCAAUUUAUGUCAAGCAUUGAUUGUAUCUAUUGCGAGUAUUGCAAACGACAUGAAGAUGCUGUAUUGCGUUUACAGGAGCUAGAGAUGAAUGCUGAUACACAUGCAUUUUUAAAUGAUUGCCAAGCACAAAUGCAAGGGAAAACUACAAGCUGGGAUUUGGGGAGCUUAUUGAUCAAACCUGUACAGCGUGUCCUCAAGUAUCCAUUACUUUUGCGGGAAAUCUUUCUAUUGACCCCUGCUGAGUAUGCUGAUCACGAUGACCUGGCGAGUGCUACGCAAGAGAUACAAGAGGUGGCUGAUCAUAUCAAUGAGAUUAAGCGACGCAAGGAUAUUGUGGAAAAGAUUGUGGGCGACAAAAAGAAGACAGAGAUCAACGUUGUACACGGUAUCAAUAAGAAGUUGACACGACGAGCACAGCGAUUCAAGCAGGCAACUGGUUUUGCCGCUGAAGCGACACAGGAUGCAUCUUUUGAUAUGUUACACUUGCGAUUUGAAGAACAACGUGAGAUUGCACAGCAGCUGGCACGGGAUGUCCAAGGAUGGGUGCGACAAGUCAAGAAUCAUUUUGAGACUUUACGUAUUAUGGCUGAGAGCUUGGAGACGCUCUAUAGCUCGUGGGGUGGAGUGAGAGUCAAGAGUAUGCAGCGGAUACGAGCAUUCGGUGAAAUGACGACGGCUUUUUCAACCACCAUGACGCGUGUGCUUGAUAGCAAAGUGCAAGGCAUUGUCUAUAGCCGAAUUGAUGGAUUCCUUACGGUGUUUGAUAACCCCAGUCAAGUGAUCAGCAAGCGUGCACAAAAGUUACUUGAUUAUGAUCGUGUUCGAGACAUCAAAUCCAAAGGUGAUACCCCUGACAAGUCACUACAAGAGUCAGCAGAUGCCUAUGUUUCUAUCAAUGCACAACUUGUCGAUGAGUUACCCAAGUUUUUCAAGUUGACGGGUGAAUACUUUGAUGUGAUUAUUGGCGAGCUUGCAGCUGUACAAAUGUCGUUCUAUGAAGAAAUGACACGAGAAUGGCAAAAGUUGUUACAAAAGCAUUUCAGCACCAGUGGCACCGAUCUCUCUACAGAUGGAAUCAUUGCACAAUAUACAGCCAGCAUGCAACACGUGGAACGACUCGUGCUAGACAUCACACCACUCAACAAAUCUGUAUGGAACGCGAUACCCGGUGUGAUCCCAAACACGCCACCUUCAAUAGGUGAUGAGAGGAGUAGUAUCAGAUCCAUGUCCACAGCAUCAUACCAAGAUAGUUACUUUUAA